AUAUGAAGGUUGCAUACUUUAUGAUUUAUUUACAAAAAUACAUGGUUAGAUUAUAAGAGAAAUGUUUUAUAAGAGAAAGCACAUUAUUAAUUUAAUUUUUUUGUCAGUAAAAAUUAAUUUAAUCGUUUUAUGGACAAUUUUAGAACAAAACUCAAAAUACAACUUAAUUUAAUUGGACACUUGACAUCGGACUUGUCAAACUAAUAAUGCCAUCCUCUGCAUUUGAGCAAAAGCAUUUGAGGUAAAAGUAAGAAAACUUUCUCCAAGAGAGAGCAGCAGCGAGGUCAAAUGUAAAAAUCGCAGAAAGUUGCAUGGAGAAAGCACCAAGAGCUAAACUACACUGCUCGUUGUAUUGUAGAUUAUAGCCGGUGCGUCUCAAAUUUUUGUAAGAAUAUUCUGGAUUGCAUAUUACAUGUGUAUGUAAUUAUAAGACAGAUCUCAAUGAUCAUGAAUAUAGUCCUUCAAAUAAAUACAUAUUUAUGGUAAUUGCAUCUCUACUAACCAGCUGGUUAUCGAUGAUCAUGAGGUUCAUGUUAUCUAACUAUAUCAUUAACUCUGCUUAUGAGGAGUGCAUUCUUAUCGCUGUUUUUCCACAUGUCUACAUACACAAUUUAACAUCUUGUGUCUAUCUCUGUACGAUCGUCAAGUGAAUGUUUGAGAAAGUUGUACUCACGUAUAAACUGUAAAGCAGAUAAUAUAAAAGCACUGAACAUAAGAAUAUAAAAUGGUGAAAAUUGUAAUCGUUGGUUGUGGAAUCAACGGUUUAAGCUCAGCAAUUCGAAUCCAAGAUGAAUUUCCAGCAGCUGAGAUAACAAUAAUAUCUGAUAAGUUUACUCCUGAGACAACCAGUGAUGGUGCUGCAGGAAUUUGGGGCCCUUACCUUCUUGGCACCACUCCCGCAAAUGACGUUUACCGGUGGUCGAAGGAGACUCAUAAUUUCCUUCGGGACACCUGGAAAUCGCCAGAGGGAGGUCUGAUGGGGGUCUCAAUGUUGCCCUGCUUCAGAGUUUCUUCCGAUGAUGAUUUUGCUGUGCCAGACUGGUCAGAUGUGGUGUAUGGGUUCCGCUCCUUGACGCAACAAGAAUUGCAAAAAUUAGGAAAACCAAGUCUGAAGAAAGGAUAUGGCUUCGUGACAUUUACCUGCGAAGGACGAAAAUUGCUGCCAUAUUUGCUGAACAAAUUUAAAAUGAGGGGAGGACAAAUUUUGAAGGCCAAAGUUCAAGAUUUGCAUACCUUGGGAAAGGCGUAUGAUAUUGUGGUCAAUUGCACUGGUUUGGCUGCCAGGGACCUGGUUCCCGAUGAAACUGUGCAGCCAAAGCGAGGACAAAUUAUAAGGGUAAAUUCGCCAGAUAUAAAAUGGGCUAUUCUUAAUGACGACGACGAUGGAAAUUAUAUCAUUCCCAAUCAAGAUUCAGUCGUCCUGGGCGGGACACAUCAAGAAGGAGACUGGAACUGCACCACCUAUCAAGAAGAUACGACUUUCAUUAAAACCGGGUGUGCUGCCAUAAUUCCAAGUGUGCAGGAUGCGCCUUUGAUUAGAGAAUGGGUGGGGUUACGACCUGGCAGGCCAAGCGUGCGUCUCGACAUGGAAGUAAUACAACAUCCGGGGGAAAAGCCUUGGUUCUUGUGCUCUAACUAUGGACAUGGGGGCAGCGGAUUGACGCUGUUUUGGGGCUGUGCCAAAGACACGGCGGAUCUUGUGAAGACAGCGACACAAAUGUAUAUGCAAAGCAAACUGUAAUUAUCAUCAAAGGAUUUACCGAAUUUUAAUUCAAAUGUCAGUCAAUGUUAUUCAUCCAAUAAAUUUGGAGUACAAAACUUACCGUAAAGCAUAA